UAUUCAAAUGCAUGCUGUUAUGUUUAUGUAGGCCACACAUCUAUUUUCUCACGACUUUUAAUUGGAAAAGAUGUGUAGGCGUGAUGCACGCGUUUUCACAAUUGACAAUGGCAAGUGUGCAUUACAAAUCAUUCGAAAAGUUAUUGCUAAGAUAAGUAGACAAUAUGCAGAACAAGGUAAAGUAGCUAUAAUUAAUAAACAUACAUGCAAAUGAACUUCGAACGAAAAACGUUGUUUCUGUAGCAUGCAUUGUUGGGUAACGUUUCAGAGAAUGGGAAGAAUAUAUCAAGCGCUGUUUGUGUGAACAAGGCACAGCCUAUAUAAGGAGUGUGGAUUUACAUCCACAGUCCUGCGCUGGGAAUUCUGAUUUUACACACGCAAGGUUUGGUGGCGUGGGAGCGAAACUCGAAGUUGGAGCAAAUCUGUUCAUCCAGAGUUUUUAUACUUAAAUAAUUUUUGUUCUUUUGUUUUUGUUUGUGCUUUUGUCUUUGUGUGUGUGGUUAAAAGGCUGCAUUGUAGAGUUGUCCGGGUAGCCAGUGCGUUUCUCGGAAUAUUUUUUUUUCUUCUCGCCAGUAAUUUAAUCAAUUUAAUAGUGGAAGGCUUUUAUCUGGAAAUCAUGUUAAACCCUAUUUGACUUGCAAAGAUCAUGCUCUUCGCGUUGCUUGUCUUUGCCUUUUGCAUUUUAUUAGUCUCGUGUGUUCUCAUUUUAUUUAGUUAAGGAACUUGUGACUUUUGUUUCAACAUCGGAGGUGGUAGUUUUUCACACAUAGGAAUAAUGUUUGUGUUGUAGGCUGUUUGGAGGCAUAUGGGUUUUUCUCCUGUAGGCUAGCUGACAACAUGCGUAGUCUAGUUACAGCCUCGUGAGAACAGUCACCAGCACAGCAUCGCAAGUGGUCGAGCCACCCAGCACAGUUUGCAGGAACUGAGAACAUGUUUACCUGAUCCGGAAAACGGGUCUUUGUAAACACCCCUCUGUCAAAACAUAAAAACAAACCAGCAGUCUGAUUUCGGGUGACUGAAUACGCUGUUAGAUUCCCGUGAGACGAUUCCUUCUCUAUCUUCCCUUUCCAAAGCAGCGGAGAGCGGUCCCUGUGCCGUGCGCCGCAACAAAUUGCAACUUGUGCAGUAACCAACUACAGUAACGUGGUGAAGGCCCCAGGCUCAGAUUCAGAUGAUGAGGACAAGCUGCACAUCAUGGAGGAGGACGGGAGUCUGGCAGACGGGGCUGACUGUGACAGCAACGUACCCAGUGAAGAUCACAACGGAGACCGCUGGGAUGAAGUGAGGGAGGAGUGUGGUUCUGAUGGGGAGGAUGACGGCAGUACAGAUGCUCUGGUGGAGGAGAUACUGCAGCAGGGAGACACGACCAUCAUUUACCCAGAAGCCCCUGAGGACGAGCCCCGCCAGGGGACGCCUGAGGCCAGCGGACAUGACGAGAAUGGCACUCCGGAUGCGUUCUCACAGCUCCUCACCUGUCCUUACUGUGCCCGCGGCUACAAGCGCUACACGUCCCUGAAGGAGCACAUCAAGCUGCGCCACGAGAAGAGCGAGGACAACUUCAGCUGCUCCCAGUGCAGCUACACCUUCGCCUACCGCACUCAGCUGGAGAGACACAUGAGUGCCCACAAAGCUGGCAGAGACCAGAGGCACAUGACACAGUCGGGGGGCAACCGAAAAUUCAAGUGCACUGAAUGUGAAAAAGCAUUUAAGUACAAGCACCACCUGAAGGAGCACCUACGAAUCCACAGCGGAGAAAAGCCAUACGAGUGCUCCAACUGUAAGAAGCGUUUCUCCCACUCCGGCUCCUACAGCUCCCACAUCAGCAGUAAGAAGUGCAUCGGCGUGAUCUCAGCAGUCAACGGCCGACCCCUGCCCGCCAAGGCCUCCCAAUGCCCAUCCCCAGCCAUGCCUGCCUCGCCCUCCUCCACCACACGCACCCAGAUCCGAGACAAACCCUUGCAGGAACAACUACCCCUCAACCAGAUCAAGAGCGAGCCAAUGGACUACGAGUACAAGCCCAUGGUAGUGUCUCCAGUAGCGGGGGCAACAGGAGUGAACGGUCACGGAGGAGGGAUGUUCAACGGGGGUGCGGCUGCCCCUCUGCAGGGCGCGGUGCAGGCGGUGAUGCUCCCCACCAUGGGCCUGGUCUCUCCCAUCAGCAUCAACCUGGCAGACCUACAGAACGUCUUGAAGGUGGCGGUGGACAGUAACAUAAUCAGACAGAUGUUGGAGAACAACGCUAAGUCAGCGGGGACUGGCAUGGGGGCGACAGGUGUUCCUCACCAGCAGCUCAUCUCAGCCAUCAGUCUGCCCAUUAUGGGUCAGGACGGCAACGCCACCAAGAUCAUCAUCAACUACAGCCUGGACCCCAGCCAGACACAGACCCAGCUCACCGCCCAGAACCUGAAAAAGGAGCCCCAGACCCUGGCUACAACACCAGGCCAGGCCCAGGCUGCCACAGAGCCCUCCAGCAAGACCCAGCAGAAACUCCCAGAGGACCUGACAGUUAGCAAGCCCCCCAGGAGCAAAGAGGAGAAGAUGGAAGAGGAGACUACUAAGACCUGCCUGCUUUGUAACGAGUGCCCCGAUGGUCUAGACACUCUCCACACACUCAAGCACUGUAAGAAAGCCUCAGGCCUCAGGAUCAAUGGGGACAAAUCAAAGUCUGCCAUCGAUUCAUUAUUGUCUGAGGGGUUUGGGGACCAGCCCAAGAACCUUCUGUCCCUCCUCAAGGCCUACUUUGCCUUAAACGUUGAGCCCACCAAGGAGGAGCUCAGCAAGAUCUCCGACUCGAUCAGCCUGCCUGCCGACGUAGUCAAGAAGUGGUUUGACAAGAUGCAGAGCGGUCAGGUCUCACUAGGGGCCCCGACCCCUCCGUCUGAGGAAGAAGGGCCCUUGUCUGAGUGUCAUGGGGCCAUUGUUGUGUCCCCUAAAGUAAGAUCAGAGCAGGACACAGAGAGCCCCACCCUGAUGCAGUCCAGCCCAGCUGAGGCCACUCCGGCUGAGGUUAACGGCUCUGGGCCCUGCCCGUCCUCCCCUACACCACUAAACCUGACCACCGGGGGGCCUGUCCCAGCCAAACCCUCCUCCUCAGACAGCACGGAGGUCCCCCUGGACCUGUCGCUACCAAAGCCCACCCGAGAGGAGACCGCUGCCACCGCGGCCUCUUACCAAGCCACUGUUUACUCCCAUCAGGACGAACCUCUGAACUUGACGAAGACUUGCACAACCAAGAAAGAACUUCCGCUCUCUGCUGGCGCCGCAGGCCACCACGUGACUAGCCAAACCUUGUCCUUGUACACCACCGGCCAACAAAGUGCCAACCCCAUCAGCAUCAUGACCACUCAGCUGCCCAGCGGGACCAUCUAUGCCAUCACUGAUCAGGGCAGCACGGCUGUGCCCUGCCUUCGGGCGCUCACCACCAAUAACAACCAGACUAUCCUCAUCCCACAGUUGGCCUACACCUAUACCACUACAGCUACAGCCAGCAGCCCUGCAGGAACAGAGACACAGGAGAAGACCAGACUGCAGAUCAACGGCAUCAAGUCUGCUGUCCCCACAUGCUUCAAGAUGGACACCAAUGUUCCUGUACCCAAGAAGGCAAAGGAGGAGCGUCAGGACACCAGCUCAGAGGGCGUGUCUACCAUGGAGGAGCAGAAUGACUCAGACACCACCCCUUGCAGGAAGAAGAUGAGGAAGACGGAGAGUGGGAUGUACGCCUGCGACCUGUGUGACAAGAUCUUCCAGAAGAGCAGCUCUCUGCUCCGACAUAAAUAUGAACACACAGGCAAGAGACCCCACGAGUGUGGCAUCUGCAGGAAGGCCUUCAAACACAAGCACCACUUGAUAGAACACAUGCGUCUCCACUCCGGAGAGAAACCCUACCAGUGCGACAAGUGUGGCAAGCGCUUCUCUCACUCAGGCUCUUACUCCCAGCACAUGAACCACCGCUACUCCUAUUGCAAGAAGGAGGCGCAGGGAGGAGGUCAGGGAGGUGUAGGGGAGGAAGUGCUGGAGAUUGAGAACCCUGUGGGGUUGGGUCUGGGAGAGGAGCAGCAGGAGCAGUCAGACAGCAGGCCCCUUUCCUCCCCUCCCUCCCACCUAGACUCUGACGAGCGAGGGAGCAGCACCAGGGAGGACGAGGAGGAGAGUGAUGAGGAGGACAUGGAGACAGUGGCAGGGGAGGCGGUGGAGGGAGAUCCGGACAGCGUUCUGGAUAUGGAUGAUAUACAAGUGGUGCAGAUAGGAGAUGAGGGAGGGGACGAGGAGGAAGAGGAGGAGGAGAGAGAGGAGGGGAAAGACACUGGUCAGGAGGGGGGAGAGAAUGAAGAAGAGGAAGAGCAAGGAGUGAAGAGAAUCGUGGUAGGGGGUGAAGAGGAGGAAGGAGAAGAAGAGGAGGGGGUAGUGGGGUUGAAGUAAAGGAAGAGCAGGAAGAAAAGGAGGUUACAGGGGAAAAGGCACAUACAAGGCAAGAGGAGGUAAAGGAGAACAGUGAGAAAGAGGAGGAACAUGGAGGAGAGAAGGAGCAGGCUGAGAAGGAGGUGGAGGAGGAGCAGUCAGAGCAGGCUCAGGAGGAGGUGAAGGAGGAGACAAUGGACACAGAGGAAGCAGUGACCUCAGAGGAGAAGGAAGAAUCAGGGGAGGUCAUGAAAGAGAAUGAAGGUGAAACAAACGGGAACACUGUUUCAGAAGACUAGAACCAAACACCGACCAGAGCGAAAGGAGAUACAAAAUAAAACAGGGAGGAAGCAGAAAAAGGAAGGAUCCUUUUUCUCCCCAAGACGUUGGGGGAGAGGAAAGGGAUUAAGUUUGGGUUGCUCUGACGGAUGCUGCAUUUCAGUUCACUACUGUGUAUGAAUCCAGGUGUGCCUGAAAAAAAUCGAGUGACUUAUUCCACAGAAGGAAAAACAAUUUUCAGUGUUAGAAAAUGUAUUUGUAAAAAUCAAAAACUAAGUUAAAAGACAAUAAAUGCAUUAUACGGACUUUGUAAGCUAGAGCCGACACGUUUUAGAUAAUGUUUUAUUACUAAAACAACCUUGGGUCAUUUCUUUUUAUCAGUGUUAUCAUUCAUAUUUUAACCUUUAAAAAGCUGUACAGUUGGGAGAGAUUUCUAUACCUUUUUAUUGCCAAUGAACAAAAAAAAUCUGUAUUUUAUUAAGUUGGAGGGAAAAAAAGAUCCUGUGCACUACAAGUGGCUUGGUUUACUUAUGGCUCUAACAGUUAUGUGUUGUCUACCCUUCAGUAUUAUCGCACUAGACCUACAGUAUACAGCAUCAGCACGUUAGCUGAUAAUGUUAGCAUACCUUUUGUUUGUUUUACAUGGAUUGUGAGCCUUAAAGAUGAAAACUAUUGUGAGGUGAUGAAGUUCAGCCAUGAUGAUGUUCCAGUAGUUGAUUAUUACCUUAUAGAUGAAGAAGACAUCGAGGAGAGUAUGGAAGGAGGUACAUAAGUCUGCAAUGACACAUUGUUCUAAAUGUUUUGUUAGUUCGUUUGUUCAUUUAAUAAAUCUGUUAUCAUCAUUACUGAAUCAGAUCAAGCAGAAGAAUAAAGAAGAACAUUCAUGAUCUAGGCCUAGUAAGUAGAGAUUAUUUGACCCUUAAGCCCUGGACCCUAUUCCCACUCCCAGCUUUAUGCAAAAACUUUUAAAAACAAAUACACCAUGCAUAUCAAAAGUGCCAUUGCAUACUGCUGUUUCUCCUUAGCAGCUGUUGUCAGGUUGUUUCAAGGCCCAGAUUUGAUAGUAGUUCAAACAUGUCAACUCUUUCAGCUGAUAUACUGUUUUUGGCUCACUAUCACUAGUCCUGAUGUUGUAGAUGAUAGCAUUACCAUGAAUUAUAAUUUAGACCGGAAUUAUAUAUUUGAGAUAAAAAUCUGCCUCUUUUAUAAUCAGAGCAAUCAACGACAAAAAGGACUUGUAACGGGACGAUGAAACACAGUUUUUAAGUAUUUCCUGCCUUGAAAUGUAUCCUUUUACCCAGUCCAGUCCCAGUGCACUUGUUUAACACUUGUGAAACUCUCUCUCUUCAGGUAACAAAAGUAGGCAAAUAUGAUACCAGAAUGGUUAUUCAGACAAUAUUUUUUACCUGUCAGUAUUAUUUUGUUGUUGAUGUUUUUUUGUAUAUGUUAAAUGUGUGUACUGUAUGUUUUCAGCAAUGUCGGUAUUAUUACCAUUCCCAAUGAUAUGGGUUAUCUGUUUAGUUAUAGAAAACUUUUGUAUUUAUGUGUCUUAUUUUUUUAUAUUUCUUUAUGGUUAUUUAUUACAGUGUAGUGUACAAUACUGUAGUUUGUAUUAAUACAAUAAUAUAUUUUAGUAUGGAAAUAAUUUGAAAGGUAAAAUGACUACAACAAAGCUGGAACAUAAAAAAGUCUGGCAUUUUGAAGUAUGUUUUAGAACAAAAAUAAAAUGUACUACUAUCUCAAGUUGUCAACACACCCCACAAGCAGGACAUUGGAACAUGUUACCUUCCUGCAUCCAUUAAUUCUCAUGUUAGUUUUUACCUUUUGCCCACUUUAAUAUGAAGCUACUGAAACUCUUUGAGAACUAACUGUAUGUCUAAUAGCAUGAGUGUGCUGUUGUAUUGACAGAUGAUCCUUAACCAUGAAUCUGUCCUUUUGCCAAGCCAAAAUAAUAUUGACCUUUUUUGUUUUAUUUGUGCCAAUUUGUUACUUUGUAUGUCUGCUACGUCAAGGCCACAAUCUCUUUUUAUAUGUCCCUGUUUUAAUCCACAAUCAUUUUUUAUAGUGAUAGUUUUUGCUUUUGUUUUUUAUGACUCCCCAUCUCACAAUAAAAUACAUCAAUUACA